CCAUCCACUACUCACUCACUAGUCUUCUUCUACUACCAACCGAACCCCCCCGAUCGAGAGGCCAAGAGUCUCAGUCUCUCCUCUCGGCGGGGCUCCAAAUGCGAACGUCCUGCCUACCGAUCCUCCGUCCCAUCCCUCCACCGAUCUCUUCUUCUCCCCACGAAAUCCCGAAGCUUUCCGCGACCAUUUAAUUUUUGUUAAUUGAUGGCGGCCUAUUGCGGGAGCUUGCGCCACCUAAUGGCGUAGUUAAAUCCGCGUAAACGCCGCCGUCUUCCUAGCUCCUGCUCUAAUCGCUUGCCUUCCGCCGCCGCUGGUGCUGGUGCUUGUGUUGGUAGUAGUGCUAGUUGGCGGUUGGGUGGAGGCGAGAAGCUUCUCGUGCUGUGGGGGAGGAGGGGGAAGAAGAGAUGGUGGCGGCGGCGCGGCGGAGGCCGGUGUGGCGGUGGGCCAUGCGAGCGGUGGCCAGCGCGGUGGUGUGGACGGCGGUGGUCCAGCUGGCGUCCAUCGCGGGGCUCUGGCGCCCGAGGGUCCUCGCCGACUGCGGGGGAGGCGCCGCCGGCCUGGCCGCGCUCGCCGGCGAGGACAGGGUCGCGGCGCGGCUCUCCCCGCCGGCGCUCGUGCCGAGGAGAGUUUAUAGAAGCAAUGGUUAUCUACUAGCGACGUGCAACGGAGGCCUCAAUCAAAUGCGAGCUGGGAUAUGUGAUAUGGUGACCAUAGCACGCCAUCUUAAUCUAACACUAGUGCUCCCCGAACUGGAUAAAAGGUCUUUCUGGGCUGAUCCAAGUGAUUUUGGAGAUAUUUUUGAUGUGAAGCAUUUCAUUAAUUCUUUAAGAGAUGAACUGAUAAUAGUCAAAGAACUGCCGUUGAAACUCCAGCUAAAAAUUAAGAGAAGACUUUAUUCAAUGCCUCCUGUCAGCUGGUCAAAUGAGACAUACUAUCUAAAGCGGGUAUUGCCUCUUGCAAGGAAGCACAAAGUAAUCCAUUUCAAUAGAACAGAUGCCCGCCUUGCAAACAACGGCCUACCUGUCCAUCUCCAAAUGCUGCGUUGCCGUGUGAACUUUCAAGCUUUGAGAUUCACUCCACAGAUUGAAGCGCUUGGCAGAAAACUUAUUUCCACUCUUCAGAGAAGUGGACAAUUUGUCGUGCUUCACUUACGCUAUGAAAUGGAUAUGCUCUCCUUUUCAGGCUGCACGCAUGGCUGUUCUGAAAAAGAAACCAAGGAGCUCACCAGAAUGAGAUAUGCAUAUCCAUGGUGGAAAGAAAAGGAGAUCGAUUCUGAAUUGAAGAGGCUUCAGGGACUUUGCCCCCUCACACCUGAGGAAAUCACUCUAGUGCUUAAAGCUCUGGGAUUUACGAAGGACACAUUGAUAUAUAUUGCCUCUGGUGAAAUCUAUGGAGGUGAAAGGCGUUUGGCUACUUUGAAGGCUGCUUAUCCUAAAUUGGUAAGGAAGGAAAGACUUUUAUCUCCCGAUGAAUUGCGGCCAUUCCAGAACCAUUCAACCCAGAUGGCAGCACUGGACUAUAUGGUUUCGAUAGCAAGCGAUGUUUUCAUCCCCAGUUAUGAUGGGAACAUGGCAAGGGUUGUCGAAGGUCACCGCAGGUAUACGGGCUUUCGCAAGACCAUCUUAUUGGACAGGGUCAAACUUGUUGAACUUUUGGAUCUUUUCAAAGGAGGUGCAUUGUCCUGGGAUGAAUUCUCUGCUGCUGUGAUGGAGGCACACCAGAAUCGCAUGGGCCAACCAACGGACAGAAGGACCAUACCUGGUCGGCCCAAGGAAGAGGACUAUUUCUAUGCUAAUCCCCAAGAGUGCCUUGGUUCCCAAGGGGGUUUAAGAGAUGUUUCCUGAUGACGCUCCCUGGAAAAGCAUUGCCAAUAAGUAAUUUUUUUUACCUGAUAGUGCAGCGGCGAAGCCAUCACUUAUGCUAAUCCCCAAGAAUGCCUUGGUUGCAAGGGGGGCUUAAGGGAUGUUUCCUGAUGAUGGUUCCUGGAAAAGCAUUGCCAAUAAGUAUUUUGUGCUUUACCUGAUAGUGCAGCGUUAACCUGGCGACGCUAACACUUGAGUACGCUAACGCUUACUCAGUGUUUACUCCGGGGGCACAGGCAGAUUUACAUGUCCAAUGUUUAUAACCAGACCCCCUCACAGAAUAAAGAUGAAAAGAGACUCGAGACCUCCGGAUUCGGGAACACGAGGCGCUGCAUGAGCAGCCAAUCUGCUCUGCACUUUCCGCACCUUCAGUUAUUGUUGUUGUAGUUCUCCAUUAAUUGGCCAAUUUUAUUUUUUUCAUUCAUUUCACUCUUUCUGCAUCUUUUAUACUUUUGUUUAGUGCUCUGACUCUGAUCAUGAGGAUGUAGAAGUUAACUUUUUUUUACAAGGAGUUUCCUCAACGGUUCUUUUGUACGGAGUACUAUUCAAUAUAAGAACUUUCAGCUCAUACUGAAAUUUGCUGAGAAA